AUGGAUCCUCGGAAUGAUACAAGUAUUUCAGGAUUUCUUCUCCUCAGAUUUUCAGAGGAACCAGAAUUGGAGCCCCUCCUACUUGGGCUUUUCCUCUCCAUGUACCUGAUCACUGUGUUUGGCAACUUGCUCAUCAUCCUGGCUGUCAGCUCCGACUCCCGCCUGCACACACCCAUGUACUUUUUCCUCUGCAAUCUGUCCUUUGUGGACAUCUGCUUCACCUCCACCACCAUCCCCAAGGUGCUGCUGAACAUCCAGACCCAGAGCAAAGCCAUAACCUAUGCAGGCUGCAUCACCCAGAUGUACUUUUUCCUACUUUUUGUCGGGAUGGAUGACUUCCUCCUGACUGUGAUGGCCUAUGACCGGUAUGUGGCCAUCUGCCACCCACUGCACUACACGGUCAUCAUGAACACCCGGCUCUGUGGACUGCUGGUCCUCGUAUCCUGGAUUCUGAGUGUCCUGUAUUCAUUGUUACAAAGCUUAAUGGUGUUGGGUCUGCCCUUCUGUGAUAACUUGGAAAUUCCCCACUUUUUCUGUGAACUCAGUCAGAUUCUCCAACUGGCCUGUUCAGACACAUUUAUCAAUGACAUAGUGAUAUACUUUUUAUCCGGGUUGCUGGGUGGUGGUCCCCUUGCUGGGAUCCUUUAUUCUUACUCUAAGAUAGUUUCUUCCAUACAUGGAAUUUCAUCAGUUCAGGGCAAGUAUAAAGCAUUUUCCACCUGUGCAUCUCACCUCUCCAUUGUCUCCUUAUUCUAUUGCACAGGCCUAGGAGUGUACCUUAGCUCAGCUGCUACCCAGAGCUCACCCUCAGGUGCAGCAGCCUCGGUGAUGUACACCGUGGUCACACCCAUGCUGAACCCCUUCAUCUACAGUCUGAGGAACAAGGACAUAAAACGGGCUCUGAAAGGAUUCUUUGUGAUGUCAACUGAGGGCCAAUAG